CGUCCUGCCGGGUCCCGUCCGGCAGCGUCUGGCCGGCGAGCUCUCCGGCACCGAGGCGCCCUGCGGUCCUCCCGGCGCAGCCAUGGCUCAGCACUUCUCCCUGGCCGCCUGCGACGUGGUUGGCUUCGACCUGGACCACACUCUGUGUCGCUACAACCUGCCCGAGAGCGCCCCGCUCAUUUAUGAUAGCUUUGCUCAGUUCCUGGUCAAGGAGAAAGGAUAUGACAAGGAGUUGCUCACUGUGACUCCAGAGGACUGGGACUUCUGUUGCAAGGGGUUGGCCUUGGAUCUGGAAGAUGGAAACUUCAUUAAACUUGCAGAUAAUGGCACCGUCCUCAGGGCCAGCCACGGCACCAGGAUGCUGGCCCCCGAGGAGCUGGCCAAGGAGUACGGCGGGAAGGAGUGGAAGUACUUCAUGUCUGACACUGGGAUGGCUUUCCGAUCAGGAAAGUAUUAUUUUUAUGAUAACUACUUUGACCUGCCAGGAGCUCUUCUGUGUGCCAGAGUGGUGGACUCUUUAACAAAGCAGAACAACGGUCAGAAAACAUUUGAUUUUUGGAAGGAUAUAGUUGCUGGUAUUCAACACAAUUAUAAGAUGUCAGCUUUUAGGGAAAACUGUGGGAUAUAUUUUCCAGAAAUAAAAAGAGAUCCAGGCAAGUAUUUACACAGUUGUCCUAAAUCUGUAAAAAAAUGGCUUCGACAGCUGAAGAAUGCUAGGAAAAUUCUUGUAUUAAUCACCAGUUCUCACAGUGAUUACUGUAGACUUCUCUGCAACCAUAUCCUGGGGAAUGAUUUUGCAGAUCUUUUUGACAUUGUGAUUACAAAUGCAUUGAAGCCUGGUUUCUUCUCCCAUUUACCAAGUCAAAGACCUUUCCGGACACUUGAGAAUGACGAGGAGCAGGAAGCCCUGCCGUCUCUGGAGAAACCUGGCUGGUACUCCCAGGGGAACGCUGUGCACCUUUAUGACCUGCUGAAGAAAAUGACUGGCAAACCUGAGCCCCAGGUUGUGUACUUUGGUGACAGCAUGCAUUCAGAUAUUUUCCCAGCCCGUCAUUAUAGCAAUUGGGAGACAGUCCUCAUCCUGGAAGAGCUCAAAGGGGACAGAGACUGGAAGCCUGAGGACUCAGAGCCCCUAGAGAAGAAAGGAAAAUAUGAGGGACAGAAGGGAAAGCCUCUAUAUUCAUUAUCUAAAAAAUGGGGCUCUUUUUUUACUGAUUCCAUUUCGGGACUGGAAAAUACAGAAGACUCUUUGGUUUCUACGUGGUCCUGUAAGAGAAUCAGUACUUACAGCACUAUUGCAAUUCCAAGUAUUGAAGCUAUAGCAGAAUUACCCCUGGACUACAAAUUUACAAGAUUCUCUUCAAACAAUUCAAAAACAGCUGGCUACUAUCCAAACCCUCCAUUGGCCUUAUCAAGUUUUGAAACAUUGACAAACAAAUAACUUAUCUUUACUGAAAUAUGAAGUGAAGAACCAUAUAUGCAGCAAAUGUACUGUAAAACAAAUACUGUAAAAUGCUUUAUAGGAACAGAUUCUUAAUGAAAAUUGAUCAAGAAA